GCAUUGGACCACACAAAAAAAACAUCAGUCAUUGAAAAAUGAUAAGACUUUGAUCAGGCAUUUGCUCAUCAAUUGGAUAUAAAGGAUGGUAGAUAAUAAUUUAUAAAGAAUUCGCUUCGCUGUAAACUGCAACCGGAGUUUCCUUAAAAAAGCAAAGUUUAUGACCAUGACUUUGUCCAGAAGCAUUUACUUCCUGUGUCUUGUAUUUGGAUUAGGCUAUGCUGAUGAAGCUGCUAAAACAGAACGGGAUUUGAGAAAAGCGUUGUUCGAGAACUACGAUAAACUAGUCAGACCUGUCAGGAAUCCUACCGAUAUAAUUUCAGUCCUAGCGGAAUUAGUUCCUGUGGGAAUCAAAGAUGUUGAUGUAAAGGACAAAAUUAUAAAAUUAGAUACGCUAUUUUAUCAGAAAUGGCAAGAUCAGUAUUUGACGUGGGAUCCUUCAGAAUAUAAUGGUCUUGACCAGUUUAGCAUUCCUGCUUCAGAAAUUUGGAGACCAGAUUUGGCAGUAUAUGCCGGCUAUUCGGACAGUAAUUACUUUCCAACCGUGAGUACCAACGCCGUCCUCUUCGCGAACGGAACAGUUCUGUGGGUCACGCCCUUCACUCUCAAAUCUCGAUGUUCUGUCACCCCUCCUCAAGAAACCGACGAAACCUUCAAGUGUAUCUUUCCUAUAGGCACGUGGACCAAUGACAUUCGAAAGAUCACUGUUCAUGAGGUUCGACAGAAUGUAUUGGAGGGCAUGGCUAAGGAAGGUUUUCAUGAUGACAAUCGGAAGUGGAAACUAGAAUCCAUGACAGCCACCAGCCUGGAAAAGCAGUUUUCCUGUUGCUCCCAUCCAUUUUCGCUCAUCGUAGUUGAUAUGGUCUUCAGGAAGAAGCCUCAAACUGAUGAUUGAAUGGACACAUGAGUUGCAAUAUUGGAGAUUUCUCAGUUAACAAGAAGCCAUUCUAACUGUUGUUUUAAGCCAAUGAGUCAAUAAAUAUUGAUUAGAAAUA